AAAUUUAAAUACAGCAAUAAAUAGGGCAAUUAUCUACAGAAUUUUUACUUUUACUCUUUCGUUAUUUUUUUCUAGUAAUUUUUUCUAGUAAUAAUGGGUCAAACUUGGAGUGUCGAAAGUUCUCCUCCACAAACUGAAAAUAAUUUAAAUCAAUCAUCAUUACAUAAUUAUAAUAUUUCAAAUAAUUUAUUAAGGAAAAAUUUUUCGAAUUUGGAAAGUUAUUCCUUACAGAGUACUUUUGAAAAUUUGGCAAGUAUAAAAAAUGGUAGAGAAGUCAUCGAAGAAGAAGUUUUAAUUCAAUAUUUGGGAUUCCCUGAUGAAAUAGGAAUUGGGCCAAUUAUUUAUCGUUCAUUCACAUAUCUAGCCAGUUACCCAUCACCAGCUCACAAAGAGAAUCUAUUGACAUAUGAUGGCCUUAUAAAGGCCAUUGCGAUAUACUGUGAUAAAGUUCAUGAUGUUAUAUUAGAGGAUCGUAUUAAGCUUAUAUUUGAAUCUUUUGCUAUACAUGAAGAACACUCAACUCUUGGGAUAACACCUAAAAUGGGAGUGUCUUACGAAAAACAGCCUCCUUAUACUGAAUAUCCUGAAAGCAAGGUUUCUGGUGUGCAGGAAGAUGAAACAUCAGAAGUUGGAACAUUGAAAAUUGAUUCCAUUGACCUCGACGAUGAUGCCGCAUUUUUAAAAGCUCUUGGACUUGGAAAACAAGAAAAUGAAGAAACUUAUAUUGUUUCCAAAGUAUCUUGUACUGAAAUGAUAAAAAUAUUAACAGGCAUAAUUUGGCUAAUGACCAAUGAAAUUACUUUCACAAAAGAUGUAUUCGAACAUUCAACGAACGCUGAACAAAUUCUUAAAGUUAUAACUCCAAUUGUUGAACAUAUGGCAAGAUAUGAUACAGAUCUUCGCAAUCUUCCUUAUUCACAGAUUAUUUCUCCUCAAACUUAUAUAAAAUGGCCAAUUUUCAAAGAUUUCAUGCAGCGUAAUAUUCCAAAUGAGUUUGAUAUAUUUAAACCCUUCUUUUAUGGACAAUUUUUGAUUGGACAGACAUUGUCACAACAUCGUAAAAAAUCUGUUAUGAUCGGUCCUCAUGUACAACUUUUGCCAAAAUUAGAUGAGACGUCAGAAUACUUGAAUCCAAUUAAUCUGGCUUUAUUGAGUUUGAUGUUACCAGAAAAAGUUUUAAGAAAGAAAGAAUGGAAUUAUCUAUAUUCGGGAAGUAAACAUGGAUUUAGUAUGAAUCGAUUUAAUACUCACGUCUUUAAGUAUACUGGACCCACGCUUAUGAUAAUUCGGGCUGAGUUGACAUCAGAUAGACAUAGCGAGCAAGCUUCAUCUUCAAAGAAAGAAAUCUUAAUUGGUGCUUAUAUACCAGAACAAUGGCGUUCCACAUCCUCUCCACGAACAUGUUUUGGUUCUGCAGAAUGUUUUUUAUUUGAAUUAUAUCCUAAUUUUGAAGUAUUCCCUGCAUCCAAUCACAACAAGAAUUACAUCUAUUAUAAUCCUACAUUUGGAAUAGGAUUUGGAGGAAUCGCUACAUCAGGUCCAACUUCAAGUAAAAUUGUAUCAACGGAUGCAAAUUCAUUUGUUAUUCAAUUGGAUAAUACUUUGCAACAUGGAAGAUAUAGAAAUGAUGCUCUUCGAAAUUUGGCAAAUACUUUUAAACUAAGUGCAACAAGAUCAUUUUUUGAUACGAGGUUUGAAGUGUUAGAAAUUGAAGUGGUGGGAAUGGGCGGUGAAGGUGCUAGAGAGAAACAAAUGAGAGACUGGAAAUGGGAAGAUAAUGAAUCUUCAAAGCGAUUAAAUAACCGAAAAGAUAAAGUUGAUAAAGAAAUUCUCAAGAUUGCGGGAAUUAUUGAUGAAAGUCAACGUUCAGAAAUUAUUAAGGAACCAUGAUUUUUAAACUAAAUCAAGAAAUUUUUAUUUAUUUAUUUAUUGUUUAAUUGUUUAACAGAACAAAUAGUAAAUCGAUGUCAUAAAUUUAAAAAUUUGAAAAUCCUGUGUAAAAUUACGAAAUUGUAUUACAAAACAAAUUAGUUCAUUGAUCACAUUGUGCACUCCUCAGUCACUCCACGUUUACAUGUUAUAAUAUCAUGAUGUAACGCUGAAAAUCAUUAAUAAAAUAAAAGGGGUUUAAAUCAUUAAAUUAUGAUUUGCUUUUGAUUAUCAUAUAUCAU